CUUGAAAGAUGAAAAUGCUAGCAAGAACUGUCCUGGUACUUAUCAUCUUCGAUGCCACAUUGACAGCGCCAACUACAGAGCUCUUUAACUAUGACUCAGAAGUCUACGAUGCCAUCUUGGAAGACCUGGGAACCUUUUACAAUUAUGAACAGAUACCUAUCAACAAAGUAGAGGGUGAAAAGGUGACAGAGAGGCUUUCUGGAAACAGAGAACUCCUCACCCCAGGCCCGCAGCUAGGGGACACUCAGGACGAGGACAAGGAUGAAGAAUCCACUCCCCGGCUGACAGAUGGCUCUUCCCCACAGGAGCCAGAAUUCCCAGGGCUUCUGGGUCCACACACCAAUGAAGACUUUCCAACCUGCCUUCUGUGCACUUGUAUAAGUACCACUGUAUACUGUGAUGACCAUGAACUUGAUGCUAUUCCUCCACUCCCUAAGAAGACUACAUAUUUCUAUUCGCGCUUUAACAGAAUUAAAAAGAUCAACAAAAAUGACUUUGCAAGCCUAAGUGAUUUAAAAAGGAUUGAUCUGACAUCAAAUUUAAUAUCGGAGAUUGACGAAGACGCAUUCCGAAAACUGCCUCGUCUCCAGGAGCUUGUCCUACGUGACAAUAAAAUAAAGCAGCUUCCAGAAUUGCCAACCACUCUGACAUUUAUUGAUAUCAGCAACAAUAGACUCGGAAGGAAAGGGAUUAAGCAAGAAGCAUUUAAAGACAUGUAUGAUCUCCAUCAUCUCUAUAUCACGGAUAACAGCUUGGACCACAUUCCUCUGCCACUUCCAGAAAGUCUACAGGCUCUUCACCUUCAGAAUAACAACAUUCUGGAAAUGCAUGAGGACACGUUCUGUAAUGUUAAAAAUUUAACCUAUGUCCGUAAGGCGUUGGAGGAUAUUCGACUGGAUGGAAACCCUAUCAACCUCAGCAAAACUCCUCAAGCGUACAUGUGUCUACCUCGUUUGCCCAUUGGAAGUUUUGUCUAAUGUUAGAACGUUAGGCAAACGUCACGACUGUGAUGCUUUUUGUAGCCAAGUGACUCAUAGCUCUCUUCAGAAACAAACUCAGUGUAUUUCAGAUGCAUUGAAGAAUGUGGCAUGAUUAUAUAAAGCAAUAAGCUA